AGUAAAGGACCAGAAAGAAUAUUUAAAGUGGUAUUUAUUGGUGAUUCUGGUGUAGGAAAAAGUAGUUUUAUACACAGAUUCUGUAAUGAUUCCUUUAAAGAUAAAUUUGCAGCAACAAUAGGUGUAGAUUUCCAAAUUAAAACAGUAGAACAAGAUGGCCAUAUUAUAGCUUUACAAUUAUGGGAUACAGCUGGUCAGGAAAGAUUCCGAAGUAUAACUAAACAGUAUUUUAGAAAAGCUGAUGGUGUAGUAGUAAUGUAUGAUAUCACAUCAGAAACUAGUUUUAAAAAUGUCAGAAAUUGGAUGAUUAGUGUCAAGGAAGGUUGUGAUGAAGGAACAGUUCUAGUUGUUGUGGGAAAUAAAACAGAUUUAUUAGAUGAUAAACAUGAAAGUGUUGUCACAACUAAAGCCGGUAACCAUCUAGCUGAUGAAUAUGGUGCUUUAUUUUAUGAAACUAGUUCUAAGUCUGGUAAUGGUAUCCCAGAAACUAUUGAUGGUCUGUCAAGGUUUGUACAAUUAUGUGGAUGUUAA